CUGAAAUAUAUUUUAAUUCAUAUUAUAGUACAUAUUAUUGAUGGACUACUUUAUGCAGUGCCCUCUUGCCUUUUGCGGAUAUUUUUAGAGAUUCUAAAUGACGUUGACAUCAUAAGCAGACUGCGAGAAACCAAAUUCGAUGUUGGUAUCGCUGAAGCUUUCGGAAUUUGCGGAUUUGGAAUAUUCGAAAUACUUGGUAUAAGGGCUACUAUAGCGGCCACGUCCUCAGUACAAGCCGACCAAGUUUCAAAACUCAUAGGGGUCCCAGGAGCACCAAGUUAUGUCCCAGGUAUUGCCAACUACACAAAAUGUUCAAAAAAAUGUGUUCACUGGAAUAAUUUUUCAAAAAUUGUUUCUAUUUAAUA